ACAUACGUCGCGUCACGUCGUGCCUCAAAUUAGAGUGGGAGCCGUCGUUGCAUAGUGUAUCUGUGGCCCGGUCAGUUUCUAUACGACAGUGGUCAGAUACAGUAUAAUCUGAAUCUAAAGUGCAUCUUAGAUUUAUAAGAGAUAAAAUGCGGUGGCUAAUAUUUUCCAUUCUAUUCUUCAUAUCAUAUCAUUACAAAGUAUUCGCCCAAAGACACAGGACAUGUUGUGAAGAAUACUGUUUUGUCACAGACCAAGAAAAACUGCAAACAAAACAUUUCUCAAGUAAAACGGCAUAUGAAAUUGUGAAAGGAGCCGACUAUGGAAAACAAUAUACCGUGCCAUAUUGUAAACCCGUGAAAUUUUGGCUUCUAAGUCGACAUGGUACGCGACUACCCGAUGAGAAAACAAUCGAUAAAUUACCAGAUUUACAAGUGCUGAGGGAAGAAAUCAUCAAAAACUAUGAAGUACGAAGGACUAAACCAACCACUGGAGCUUUGUGCGUGGAAGACAUUCAAUUACUUAAAAGCUGGUUCUUCGAUAAAAAUAUUACACGAGAUCACCAUGAUUAUUUAACUGUUCAGGGAUGGAAUGAUUUGAAGUAUCUAGCGAAGAAUUACCAAAGAAUAUUCCCAGAAGUCCUAACACCUCUUUACAGCACCGAAAAGUUUUAUUUCCGCCACACAUCAAGUCAGAGAACUCAAGCAAGUGCUCAAGCUUUCGUAGAUGGACUUUUUGGAGAGAAUUUUCAUAGAAGUGUUCACUUUCCACAACCACCAAACAAUGAUACAUUGCUAACACCUUACUCAAGCUGCUCAAUUUGGAACGAACAAGAUAACAAAAAUGGAGAACCAGGAACUGAAUUAUUUAAAUUUAAAACUUCAGCUUUGCUAAAUCAAACGAUCUCAGAUAUAUCGACACGAUUAGGCUUCCAAUAUCCACUGGAAUACAAACAAAUCAAAUUAAUGUGGGACAUGUGCAGACUUGAGCAAGCCUGGUAUUUGGACAGACCAAGUCCUUGGUGUGCUGCAUUCACUCUGAGGGAAAUCGAUGUGUUAGAAUUCUCAGAAGAUCUGAAAUACCAAUACAAGUCUGGAUACGGCAAUGAAAUAAACCCCAAAGUUCCUUGUGAAAUAAUUCAAGAUAUGUUAAAACGGUUGAGUACAGACAGUCAGCCGCAAGUUACAGCCUACUUUGCACAUUCCUCAUUAUUGCAGUUGGUUCUAGUAGCUCUAGGUGCUUACAGAGAUUCAGUAUUAUUGACCAGUGAUAACUUCGAAACGAUGUCUCAACGAAAGUGGCGUACUAGCUUAUUAGAUCCGUUUGCUGGAAAUUUAGCUGUAAUUAAAUACAACUGUUCCGACAACACCCAAGAUCCUUCGCCAAAGGUCAUAUUCUUUUUGAACCAAACUCCAUUGCAACUGGGUUGGUGUAACGUUGGCCUAUGCAACUGGUCGGAUGUCAUGAGGCAAUAUGAAAAGUUCUUUAAUGCUGACUGUAAGGAGACAUUCUGCAAUUUGAAUUCAAGUGGCCUCAUACGUGGAUCAAUCCUUCUUACCAUUGCAUCUAUAGUUUAUAGGUUUAUCUUUUAAAUCCAGUGUCAUUUCAGAAAUAAGUACAAUAUAUUGUAGAUGAAUAAAUUUCUCGUAAUAGUUCAA